UCUCAAGAAAUAUUAUUCAGUUGAAGUCUGGAAUAUGUGUAUAUAAAUUCUCCCCCUCAUUUGGUAAUUUUGGUUUGGGAAUACCCAACAACCAGACCCAUAGUAGUUGCAUCCUCUCUUGACCCUGAGAUAACUUCACAUAAAAUACUGAAAAAAAGGUCACAACAAGAAACAAUGCCCAAAAAAUUCUAAAUCCUUGUUACUUAUAUAUUUCAGUCCCACCCAUCUUUUCCAACUGCAAUCUCUUUGAGUCUAUCCACUUGCAAAAAAAUCACAACAUAACAAAGAUGCCACCGUUUCUUCAUUCAAAUCUCCCCAAUCUGCUCUUCAUGAUGCUUCUAAUUUUGUCCUCAGUUUUAAUCAGCAUGCAUGCUACUGACCCUCCUUUGACGUUAGAUUACUAUGCAUCUUCCUGCCCAACUGUGCUAGAGAUUGUGAGGAGCCAAAUGGAGUGUGCAGUGCUCUCCGAUCCGCGAAAUGCUGCUUUCAUGCUACGAUUACACUUCCAUGACUGCUUUGUUCAGGGGUGUGACGGGUCAGUUCUUCUAGACGACACAAUCACACUACAAGGAGAGAAAAAAGCUUCCCCCAACAGAAACUCUCUAAAAGGAUUCAGACUGGUGGAUAGGAUCAAGAACCAACUUGAAUCGGAGUGUCCUGGAAUUGUUUCUUGUGCAGAUAUUCUCACCAUAGCUGCAAGAGAUGCAGUUCUUCUGGUUGGGGGCCCUUAUUGGGAGGUUCCACUGGGAAGGAAGGAUUCUAAAACUGCAGGCUAUGAGCUUGCAAACAGUACUCUUCCAACUGCAAAUGAGGACCUUUUCACCAUCAUCUAUAAAUUUAUUUAUCAAGGGCUUUCUGUCACAGAUAUGGUAGCUCUUUCAGGGGCUCACACCAUUGGAAUGGCACGCUGCGAAAAUUAUCGAAAAAGGAUAUAUGGAGACUUCGAAACUUCUUCGGACAAAAAUCCAAUGGCCGAUACACAUCUCAGCAACUUGAGAUCUACUUGCCCAGCAAUCGAAGGAGGAGACAAUAAUGUAUCAGCGAUGGACUAUGUCACACCCAACCUCUUUGACAACUCCUUCUAUCAGAUAUUGCUCAACGGGGAAGGAUUGCUGAACUCUGACCAAGAAAUGUACUCAAGCAUUUUUGGGAUUGAAACAAGCGAACUUGUGAAGAAGUAUGCAGUAGAUGCUCUUGCUUUCUUUCAGCAAUUCUCUGAAUCCAUGGUGAAAAUGGGAAACAUUACAAAUUCAGACAGCUUUGCUGAUGGGGAAGUUAGGAAGAAUUGCAGAUUUGUGAACACAUGAUCAGCUGCAACCAGUAAUCUAUACAUAUAUUUCUUAAUUUGUCAAAGUAUACGAAGAAGUGAAAAUCACAAAAUAAAUUACACAAACACAUCCAUUGAAAAUUGAAUUCUCUUUUUAAUUCAUUAUAUAUAUACCCAGAUAAUGAAUUAACAUUUUAAGAGUUGCUAA